GGCGUGAUGGGCGUGUCCAUAAGCCCCUCCCCCGUGUAGUGUAACCCAUGACGCCAGCAGCGGCAGUUACAGUAGUAACGAUGGCGACCAUUGCUGAGCUGAAGUCUGCAUUAAAGGAGACGCUGGAGUCGAGAGGCGUCCUGGGACAGCUGAAAGCCCGAAUCAGAGCCGAGGUUUUUAACGCGCUGGACGACCAGAGCGAGUCGAGACCCCCUCUAUCCCACCAGAACCUGCUCAUCAACGAACUGAUCCGCGAGUACCUGGAGUUUAACAAGUACCGCUACACCGCCUCUGUGCUGACUGCAGAGUCUGGUCAGCCCGAGGUGCCCCUGGACAGACAGUUCAUGGCGAAUGAGCUGAAUGUGGUGGAAGACCCCAGCUCCAAGUGUGUACCUCUCCUCUAUGGGAUGCUGUCCCAUUUUCUUAAUGACAGUAAGGGGGAGAAAGCUGGAAGGAUGUUCCUCAGGGGCCCAUCUGUGCCAAGCGAGAAGAACACACGAGAUAUUCCAGAGACGGGUGUGAUGGCUGGACCAAGCGGCGCAGGGCCUUUCACACUGCAUGGUGGAUGUAGAUGACAGGGCUUGACCUGACAGAGUGAAGUCAUGCUUCCAGUAACAUGGAUAGAUCUUCAAGCACUCCCCCCCCCCCCCCCCCCCCCCACAAUCCCCAAAAAAACGAAAGGGGGGGGGGAUUUACAAUGUGAAAUACACAAGUUGAAUGAUUUGAAGAUUGUGUGUGCAAGUCCCAGGCCAGAUUCUGAGGGUUAUUUUUUUAUUUUAAUUUAUUCUUUUUUACAAUGUGCUUUUAACAGAUAUUCCAAAGGACAGACAUCCCACUAUUUCUAUUGAACAGGAUGAAGAAAGCCAUGCUGUUGAAACCAUGCGAUUCUGUAUGUGUGCCAGUGUUUAGACUGUUGUGGUUUAAAUGCAAUAACGUUCAAUAUGUUUACAAAUUUAAUAAAGUGACUUUUGCCUGAAUUAAAAGGUUAUUACUACUCUA